CUAUUCUGCAAACAGCAAUAAAGACGGUCUCGGAGUCACGGUCGUCUCAGUGAUUGCAAACAACGAUGGCCACCUCGCACAUUCUGUCCAAAAAAUCUACACGAUUAGAACGUGAUACGUUCAUUUUCUCGACAACGGCACCAACAAGAUUGGUUCUUGGACUGAAUCAAAGCCUCACCCCGGUAUCAAGCGCCACCCUCCACCGCUGGAUACGCUUGAUAGCUCGACGUAUCUCACCAUUUACCUUUCAUCCAGUCACCAUACGCCGAUUCGGUAUACUGUCAUAUGCAAUUGAACUGAAAGGCGAAGAAAUCUCAGCGGCUUCUACGGAAUCACUUCCCGCUGGCAACUACGCCUGGUAUUGGCCAGAUGGCAAGCAAGCCUUCCCUGAAAUCACCGCGUUUACGCAGCUUGCGCCAUUUCCAGAAAUGAUGCCAGCCGGAAAGGAUCUAGAGACCUUGUUUGAUGUGGUACCCUCUGUGGCAGAAGCCGUCGUGCAAAGAGAUCACCACCGGUGCUUCGUCACCGGUAUCAUGUCCCCGCCGGACGACGUAGGACUGAUAUGGGUAUUCCCUCCGGACUUCUUUUACCUGUUAUUCUACUAUAAGACAGCUGAAGACCAGCCCCCACCCUGUCCCGAGUUCUUCAAGGUGGCAUCCAAUGCGGGAUUCAUGUACAAGCGUCUCAUACCAUUUUUUAUCGGUAAUGCUUUCAGCAUUGAUGUCGAUGACGGUCAUCGUAUCGUCGUCUUUCGAGACAUGGGAUCCGCCCAGUCACUGUUACCAUCCCAUAUAGUCGGUAGAGACGGUGAGGGACUCCCAGCUGAUAAAUUUCUCAGAGAGCAUUUUCGUGUCUCGAUGCAGGUAAAUCUCCUAGGCGGAGAUAUAUGUGAAGACUACAACCACAAUGACAUCCUCGACAUGAUGGAGGAGUUGGGAGUUGAAGGAGAAGAUUAUGUAGAACCACCACCUUUGACCGAUCCUAGAUGGCAGACCGUGCUGGGGAAAGCAAUUUUGGAGGAUGUUCUGUUGUCUAAGGCUAGCGUGGCAUGCCUAGAUGACUUGGAUGUGGAUUGAAGUAUCACGAGCCCAUGCACCCUUUGUUCUGAGUCUAUAUAAUACUAUAUUAGCGAGGAGCCUUGAAGUGUUGGAUUGGUAGGGUAAUAUACAUCGAAACACACGGUAUAAG